UUGCUGACUUUGAGUGGUCCAAAAGAAGAAAGAAAGAUGCAAUUUAUUUUGCUUUGAUAUUAUUAUCUUCAACCCUCUCUACCUCUCUACUUUGGUCUUGAAGAAGCAAAUUAAAUCUGAAAAGAAGAAAAAUAUAUUGAUGUCUCUUCAACGACCUAAUGGGAACCACUCAAGUUCUUCUUCUUCACCCAAGAAGCACAAAACUGAGGAGAGUGACGAGGAGUUGUUGAUGGUUCCUGACAUGGAAGCAGCUGGAUCGACAUGUGUUUUAAGCAGCAGUGCCGACGAUGGAGUGAACAACCAGGAGAUUGACACGACUCAAAACGGAGGAGUCUCAACAACUAAACGCCGCCGUGGACGUAACCCAGUUGAUAAAGAGUAUAGAAGCCUCAAGAGAAACAGAUUGUUGAGGAACAGAGUGUCAGCGCAACAAGCGAGAGAGAGGAAGAAAGUGUACGUGAGUGAUUUGGAAUCAAGAGCUAACGAGCUACAGAACAACAACGAUCAGCUUGAAGAGAAGAUAUCAACUCUGACGAACGAGAACACAAUGCUUCGGAAAAUGCUUAUUAACACUCGGCCUAAACCUGAUGACAACAACAAUCACUAAACCAAUAUGCUUAUAUUUAACACAAUGUUCAAUGUUUUUUUUUUCUUUUUUUCAUUUUGUUUGUAUACAUACAAAUUUUUGUUCCAAUAAAAUCCAAAUUAAGCAUCACUGAUACACAUA